AUUGAAUUUUGUCAACAAAUCAACUCCAAUCUGCAAUAAAAUUGUGGAUUUUGAGGGUUUUUUGUGAAUUUUUCGUGUCAAUUUUUGUCAAAUAUGUCCCUCGAUCGUUAAAGCUUGCAUCGAAAAUUGCAAAAGCUUCCUGUGUCACGUAUGAAUACGCGUGAAACGCGAUUCCACAAAGUUGAUUCAUCCGAUUUCAGUGACAACAGCAGUAGUAGUGAAGAAGACGAAAGAACCAAAUUAAUUAUGGAUGCUCCAAUUAUGAGCACAGAUACGCGUCGACGACUUGCUCCCGGUGCAACAAAUUACGGCACAACCAAUCAGGAAUUUGUUCCCGCAAUUUCCGCACAACACGAAGGAGGACCGGGAUCCGGCAAUCAAGACGCUCCCGAUAUUCCCGUUUUAGUUGUUGCUCCGAAACGAACUGUCUCGCGAAAUGCUGAUGCCGGCGCCGCUCCAAGUAACGAUCCCCAACGACGACGUACGAGCGAGCAAAUGGAAGAAGAGGAAGGUCUGAAGUACGGCGCACAGCACGUCAUCAAACUCUUUGUUCCGGUAACGUUGUGCAUGAUUGUCGUUGUCGCCACAAUCAAUACCGUGAGUUUUUACGUGACGAAAGACGUGUAUUUGGUGUACACGCCCUUCCACGAAAAGUCCGAGGAGACCAGCACAAAGCUCUGGAAUGCGAUUGCCAAUGCGCUCAUUUUGAUGGUCGUGAUUGUGAUAAUGACGGUCUUGCUGAUCGUUUUGUACAAAUACAAGUUUUACAAGACGAUUCAUGGAUGGCUCAUUUUGUCGUCUUUUAUGCUGCUGUUCAUCUUUAGUUUUUGGUAUUUGGAGGAAGUGUUGAAGGCGUACAAUAUUCCGAUGGAUUACAUCACGGCGACGUUCUUGUUGUGGAAUUUCGGAGUGUUGGGCAUGAUUUCGAUCCAUUGGAAGGGACCGUUGCGCUUGCAGCAGGCUUAUUUGAUUUUUGUUGCUGCAUUGAUGGCUCUCGUCUUCAUCAAAUAUUUGCCGGAAUGGACUACGUGGGUUGUGCUCGCGGUGAUUUCAAUUUGGGAUUUGAUUGCGGUGUUGUCGCCAAAGGGACCUUUGAGAAUUCUCGUUGAAACGGCGCAGGAACGGAAUGAACAAAUUUUCCCUGCACUCAUUUACUCGUCUACCUUCAUUUACACAUAUGUCUCGAUGGCUCACACGAACGACCCGAAUAUCACAACAACACCAAGCGGCGGAAGUGAGGGACGUCAGCAAGGCGCAGAACGAAGACGCAACAGUGAAGGUAUACCCUUAGUUGAAUUCGGACAAAAUUUGAGUGAAAAAAGUGAACGGAACGAACCCGAUGCUGGUUUCACAUCUGAAUGGCAAGCAAGUAGCGGAGAACGCGUUGAACGACGUCAAUUGGAGGUCCAAGCAAAUCUCGGAAGCAAUCCAAAUCGCCCGGAAUACCGUACAGUAACGGCUAAUGAGCAACCACAACAGACCUUUGUACCACAAGAGGAACGCGGUAUCAAAUUAGGUCUCGGUGACUUCAUUUUCUACUCAGUUUUGGUCGGAAAGGCAUCCAGCAAUGGCGAUUGGAAUUUAACAAUUGCUUGUUUUGUUGCAAUUUUGAUUGGUCUCUGUCUCACUUUACUCCUGCUCGCCAUGACACGCAAAGCUUUGCCAGCACUCCCGAUCUCUAUAGCUUUCGGAUUGAUCUUCUACUUUUCAACUUUGUUAGUUGUCCAACCAUUUGCCGAUAAAUUAUCCGCAGAACAAGUAUUUAUUUAGGAAAAAAAUAUAAAAUUAAAUAAAAAAUGACGCUAUUCCCUAUGAAUAACUAGACUAAAAAAAUUAAUAUUGUGAAUUAUAUUUAAUGCAUCCCCGCUUUAAUACAAAAAAUUAAUAAAUUUUUUU